AUGGCUGAUAUUUCCGAGUUCCAUGAGCUAUACUUGAGUGAAAAAUCUUGUUUUCUAGGGGAUCUUGCUUUGCUUUCUUAUUCAGUCACUGUUAACGCACUGGAAGGAAAAGACUGCAAGGAAUCUGUCAAGCAGAUUGCAGAAAGCACUGAUCUCUCAGAAGAGCAGCUUGCUUUCCUCAUUUCUGGCAUGUAUACCCUUCUCCGAGAAGCACUGAGACUCCCCUUAUCAACUUUCAAACAAGAGGCUUUUAAGGAAGACCUAAAGGAGCUCAGGAUACCAGAAGAUUUCAUCGUGGACUUUUCCAGUGUAGUCUUUGGAAACAGGCGUCCUACUUCCGAAGGCACAGCUCUGCUACAGCGAAGUAGGCUGCCAAGUGUCCAGGACUUCAGGUGGAGAGUGGACGUAGCAAUAUCCACAAGCUCACUGGCCCGUGCACUUCAACCAUCCAUUCUAAUGAUGAUGAAGCUUUCAGAUGGGACAGCUCAUCGCUUUGAAGUGCCUGUUGCAAAGUUUCAAGAACUGAGAUAUAACGUUGCCCUUAUACUGAAGGAAAUGAAUGAUUUGGAGAAAAGGAGCAUCCUGAAGAUCCAGGACUGAACACUCUUACAUUGGGAGUUGAUAGAACAGAUCUAAAACCCAGAGUGUGCUUCACAAAUGACAAAGCAGGGGACCAUCACCAGUUUGCCUCUCUGAACUGCAAUGUAGCAUUUAUGAUGUCUACUGUAAAUAUUUUUUUUAUUCAAGUGUUAAAGCACAAGCUCAUUUCAUAAGAGUAAGGAAAACCAAAAAAUAUAUCUAUGAGAAAGUAUAAUGCUGUUUGUGAGCAUUUUUGCAUGAUUCAUCAAAACAUUUUUUUAAUUAACUGUCUUAAUAGAUAUAAGAGUCAUUUCUUUCUGAUUAUGAUUCAUCAGUCUUAAUUAGUUUUGAAAGCCUGCUACCGGAAGCCCCAUCAUGUGUAUCAUAAGAAAGCUCUGCA